CAGACCACGUGUCACAUCUCCCACCCUCUCUCUCUUCUUCCCACCAAACUGCAAAAAGCUGCAUUGCUCGUGUACAACCACCACCACCACCGCCACCACCCCCUCAAUGUUCAAGAUAUACGAUCCAAAUCCACUCCCAAUUAAUAACCGAAAUUUGGCCCUCACAAAAAUUUAUAAAGAAAAAUCCCCAAAAAUUUAAGGGACUUCUUAUUAAGCUGGUAUUGAUUUAGAAGGAGGAAAAAAAAGAAAAAACGUGCGUCCGGGCUGCUUCCCGGGGGGAAGAGGGUGGAAACCUGGACAACUGGAGAAGCCAUUCCUCCUUUCUUGCAGCCAUCAACAGGGGAUUAAGAUUAAUGAAACUCCUCCCGCCCAUUAUCUCAUGAUCCACGUGCUUUUUUCUAGUCUCAACGUUGGCGCUUCAUUAAUAGUCCGCCUUCCUUCUGCUGUUAGAUGCUGGAAAAGCUAUCGCAAAUUAGAGGAUGACUGUCAGCUUUAUUUACUGGGAUGAUUGUGUGGACCCCGAGGACUUGGAGGCCAUGUGGAUGGAUCCUGCUGUGCAAGCCGAAUGGCUUAAUGCUGGAGAAACUAGAGGUUCAAAAGUCCACCUCUCACGUGAUCCCGAUGGCCAACCUUAUUUGACACAAACUGAGAUCAAGGCUGUCGCAGGGAUCAUAGUCCGAAGGCAUUUUGUUUCACAGAUAGAUUCGGAUAUGAUUUGUGCAAUCGCUACUCUUGAAAGUGAUAGGCAGCCUCUGGCUACUCAGUAUAACAAAAAAUCAAAGGAGACUACACUGGGGAUAAUGCAGAUCUUACCAAAAACUGCACAAUGGCUAGUCAGAGAUUUGGGUUAUCAGAGGUAUGAAAUAUCAGGGAAUCCAGAAGUUCUAUACAAGCCUUUCGUAAAUGUAUAUCUUGGUGCUGCAUAUCUCAAGUGGUUGUCAAAUUAUGACCAAAAAGAAAGAAGCGAGGAGUUCAUGGUAAGGGCUUAUAAAGCUGGCACAAAGAAGGCGGCUCACAAGUCAACAUUGCAAUACUGGAAACAGUAUCUUGCUGUAAAGGAAAGUCUUCCAUCUAGAAAAGUCUUUGAAGUUAGUCCUCUGCCUACGGCUUCUUCAGCAGCUCCUGCAGUUACAAAAACAAAAGCAGGUCCAUUGAAUACAACUUGGGACUCCAGAACUUCGAAAGAAGACAUGGAAGAUAUGUGGAUUCAUCCCAAUGUCAAUAAGGAAUGGAUGAAGUCAGGCGAGAAAAAGGGAAAAGUUCGAUUUUCUCAUGACACAGAGAAGAGGCCUUAUCUUUCCCGUGUAGAACUAAGGGCUGUUUCGGAAAUCAUUCUUUCAAAGCACUUCAGCACAAGACGAGUAGAACCUACUGUUUUGUGUGCUAUUGCGGAGAUUGUUAGCAUGCGCUUUGUGAAUGGAGUUGGACAACGUACUGGUUUGAUGGGAAUUGACUACCCGACAGCACGAUGGCUUUACAAGGAUGUCGGCUACAAGGCUUACAUAGUAGAUUCAGUUGACGACCUCUGCAAGCCUUUUGUCUCCAUGUAUUUUGGUGCUGCCUAUUUGGCUUGGCUAUCAGAAUACGAAGGGAGGGAGAGAACACCCCAGUUUGUUGUUCAGGCUUAUCUUGCUGGACCGCAGAAUGUAAACCUUCAGGAGACGGGUCCACUUUGGCUGAAAUUUGAGGAAGCCUUGAGCCAUUAUGAAGACGUGAAGAAAGGAGGAGGAGACUGCAGAAUUCUCUGAGCUGAUAGCGCCAUCACAGUUUUUUUCUUUUAUGCCUUCAACAUUAUUGCGGAACAAGGACAGACGACCGAGUGCAUCCAUGCAGAUGACAAGGUAAAAGGAUUGGACUGAUGCAGCACCGUGUGCACUACCGGCAACAUGGCAUAUGCAUAUAUAGUUUUUACGUUCUUUUUGAAGUCAGUCAUUUACUUGCUUCUAAGUCGGGGGUGGAAUUUUCACAUUUCUUUACAGCGUAUGGUACCUGGAGUAUGUUUCUCUUGUACGAGUGCUCGUGUAUAUAUAUAUAUAUAUGUCACUUGCUUUCAAAAGAACUAAUAGACCUUGGUGCUGACUAAAAGUACGUACCCAACUGGGAACUACUAGUAUAAGAAAUGCAUUGCAUUUA